AUGAUUUUCUACAAUUAUAAAUGUGGUUUAGAGCAGCAGCAGAGUUCUGUUAGUUUGCGAGCUGCUUUUAGUGAUGACGUGCCUUCAAAGAGCAAUGUGUCUGAGUGGUUUGCGGAAUUCAAGUUUGGCAGGCGGUCCCCGGAUGAUGAGACACGGUGUAGUCUAUCUGUGGAGGCCAGUAUAGCAGAUAACAUUGCUACUGUGCAAGCGAUGGUAGAGGAGGAUGCGUGGGUGACAUUGGCACAGCUGAUGAAAGCCAUCGGGAUCAAUCCGCAUCAUCCUACAUGA